AUUUCAUCGGCAGCAGCAUCAACUUCUCUUCACUGGAGCAUUCUUGUGCACAGUCCCAUCACUACGAGAAGAAUAUCCACGAAAAUGGGUUGUCCCUUCGUUCUACUCGCCCUCAUCCUGCAUGUUUCCGCCGCUCCGGUAAUCCAGCUAGCCAGGGUAGCCGAUAUGUCAUUCUCCCCCCAUGAAAUAAACUGGAAACACUUCGCCAUAUCCAGCACUUCUCUGGGUGGUUUUGCUUCCAUUGCCGGCGCUGAUGAAUCCAAGGAAUCCACAAUACAACAAUCUGACCCUGUAGAAGUCCCUAUCAUCACACAGGAGUCAACCCUCACACAGCAACCUGGCCGAACCGAACAACCUGGCAUCUUGGACCAACCUAGCACUACGCAGCACCCAAACUCUGAUAAGCCUGAGGCUACGCCAGGUGUGAGUCGGAUGAAUUCACGUCGACAAAGCGCCAUCAUGGAAACUCCUCGUGAGCUUAGUCCUCCUACAACCCGCUCUUCUAGCCAUUCUUCAACCCAUUCCUCUGCUCCUACACUUGCCACACGAUCAUCCGCAAGCAACGCCACCCCAGCACUAGAACAGCCGAAAGCUCAACCAUCGCCUGCAGUACCCAUUGCAAGUGAUCAUGUGAACACACCUACCACACGAUCUACCAGAAGCAGCUCCACUGCGGCAUCGAAACAGGCAACAGUUCAAUCUCCACCUCCAGUAGACAAGACAAGUGGUCAUAUGAAAGUACCUGCCGCCCGAUCGAGCAGAAACAACUCCCCUGAAGAACCGGAACAGCCAAUAGCUAAAGUAGAAUCCACAUUGCAGCACGCAAGUGAGCCUCCGGAUGCGCCUAUCACCCCCGAAGAAAAAAGGCGCCAAUCUCUAGCCACCUCAGCUCGUAGUGAUGCCAGCUCGCCAUAG